AUGGUUGAGGAGUAUGGUGCUCUUCUCUCCAACAACACUUGGGACCUCGUUGAUCCACCUCACAAUGCUAACAUUGUUACUGGUAAGUGGAUCUACCGUCACAAGAUGAAGUCUGAUGGUUCUUUGGAUCGCUACAAAGCUCGUUGGCUUGACGUCAAGAAUGCGUUCCUCAAUGGCACUCUCAUCGAGACUGUUUAUGCUCGUCAACCUUCUGGGUUCACUGAUCCUUGUUUCCCUGAUAAGUUGCACAGUUUAAUUGCCUCUCUUCGUACCGAAUUCAGUAUGACAGAUAUGGAUGAUCUUCAUUAUUUUUUGGGCAUCUCUGUCACACGCGGCAAGGAUAGUUUGUUCCUCUCACAGGAGAAGUAUGCAUUGGAUCUUCUUGACAGAGCUGGCAUGUUGCAGUGCAAACCCAUCUCUACUCCCGUUGAUACUACCUCCAAACUUUCAGCCAAGUCCAGUGAUCCAGUUGCAGAUCCCAUCGAGUAUCGUAGUAUUGCAGGCGGUCUUCAGUACCUCACGUUCACUCGGCCGGACAUCUCUUAUGCUGUGCAGCAGAUUUGUCUUCAUAUGCAUGAUCCUCGGGCUAAUCAUUUGCUCCUUGUGAAGCGUGUGCUUCGCUAUAUCCGCGGCACCACCGGCCAUGGCCUCACUUUGUUUCGGCGCAGCUCCAACAAAUUUCUGGCCUAUUCUGACGCUGAUUGGGCAGGUUGCCCUGACACUCGCCGGUCUACCUCAGGUUAUUGUGUCUUUCUUGGCACUAACCUGGUGUCGUGGUCUGCUAAGCGGCAGCACACGAUCUCUCGCUCCAGCGCCGAGGCCGAAUACAGGGCAGUUGCAGAUGUCGUGGCUAAAACAUGUUGGUUACGGCAGCUUCUUCAGGAGCUUCAAUGA